AUGGCCUUUGCAUUCUUUGCCACCUCGUCUGCCCAAGAGGAAUGUCCCGAGCUGCCUGAUAGCGGUGUGGAAAUUGGGGAGCCAGUUCCAAUUGUUCCUGGCGAUGUCCCCGACGGAUGUUCAGACUACGAGAUUCUCGUUGCUCGCGGAACCAGCGAGCCUAGCUUUCCAACCUACGGCGUCAUCGUUGGUGACCCUGUUGUGAGCAACGUUUCAGCGGAACUCUCUGGAGUACAGGGAUAUCCGGUUCAGUACCCAGCCAGCUCGCAAAUCAUUUCCGGUGGAAGGCAAGGCGUCGAUGACAUUGUUCAGCGCUUGACCUCGCAGUCUUCCGCCUGCCCCAAUCAGACCUUUUCUUUGGUUGGUUACUCGCAAGGCGCAAGCAUCAUGCACCGAGCGGCGGACAGACUACCCACUUCUCUAUUCCCCAAGAUCAAGUCGGUUGUCAUGUUUGGAGACCCAAAUUUGAGGCUGGGCGUAGUUGGAGACAAGUUCCCCAACGGCCUGAGGGCAAACGUGCUGCAGAUCUGUGCAAAGGGCGAUCCUGUCUGUGACUCUGGGUCCUGUCAGUUCUAUCACUUGACCUACAUCCGUCCCGAAUACAUUGAAGGCGCCGUGACGUUCAUCGUGAGGGCUUUCAAGGGUAUGACCCUCUAG